GGGCGGGGUAAGAUGGCGGAACUGGGGAAGAAGUACUGCGUGUACUGCCUGGCCGAGGUGAGCUCCCUGCGCUUCCGCUGCACCGAGUGCGCCGACAUCGAGCUCUGCCCCGACUGCUUCUCGGCCGGCGCCGAGAUCGGCCCGCACCGCCGAUGGCACGGCUACCAGCUGGUGGACGGCGGCCGCUUCACGCUGUGGGGCGCCGAGGCGGAGGGCGGCUGGAGCAGCCGGGAGGAGCAGCUGCUGCUGGACGCCAUCGAGCAGUUCGGCUUCGGCAAUUGGGAAGAUAUGGCCGCUCACGUGGGAGCAUCCCGGACGCCCCAGGAGGUGAUGGAGCACUACGUGAGCAUGUACAUCCACGGCAACCUGGGGAAGGCCUGCAUCCCCGACACCAUUCCCAACAGGGUAACGGACCACACGUGUCCCAGCGGCGGCCCUCUCUCUCCCAGCCUGACCACUCCGCUCCCGCCCUUGGACAUAUCGGUGGCUGAGCAGCAGCAGCUGGGCUACAUGCCGCUCCGGGACGACUACGAGAUUGAAUACGAUCAGGAUGCUGAGACUCUGAUCAGCGGCCUGUCGGUGAACUACGACGAUGACGACGUGGAGAUAGAACUGAAAAGAGCUCACGUAGACAUGUAUGUAAGAAAACUCAAGGAGAGGCAACGGCGGAAGAACAUUGCGCGAGACUAUAACUUGGUGCCGGCCUUCCUGGGGAAGGAUAAGAAGGACAAGGAGAAAACCCCCAAACGAAAGAUCACGAAGGAAGAGAAGGAGUUGAGGCUGAAGCUGAGGCCUCUGUACCAGUUCAUGUCCUGUAAGGAGUUCGAAGACUUCUUUGAGAACAUGCACAAGGAGAGAGUCCUUCGAGCGAAGAUCCGGGAACUGCAGCGGUACCGUCGGAAUGGAAUCACCAAAAUGGAAGAGUCGGCGGAAUACGAGGCAGCCAGACAUAAACGGGAGAAGAGGAAGGAGAACAAAAGCAUAGCCAGCUCCAAGAGGGGGAAGGAGGACGGCAAAGAAGGGGAAUUUGCUGCCAUUGAAAACCUGCCUGGUUUUGAACUCUUAUCGGACAGGGAAAAAGUGCUCUGCAGCUCUCUGAAUUUGAGUCCUGCGCGUUACGUGACUGUAAAAACCAUCAUCAUUAAAGACCAUCUUCAGAAAAGACAAGGGAUCCCUUCCAAGAGCCGCCUUCCCAGUUACUUGGAUAAGGUACUGAAGAAAAGGAUUUUAAACUUUCUAACAGAGAGCGGUUGGAUAUCCAGAGAUGCAUCAUGAAACCCACCGCGUCUGAGCCACCGCCUCAGAGGCCUGAUGGGCUCCCUUCCUUUUCCUGCCCUCUCUGGAGAUUCAGAAAUGAUCUCAUUCAAAACAGACAAACAAAACAGAAAAAGCAAAAAACAAAAAAAACCCCACAGUGUUCGUGGUCUGUGCUUCAAGACUUUUGCUUUGGGUCACGAAAAAUACUGAAUUGUGAAACUUCUCCAUCCGAUUUCAUUACUCGUUAGAGUGCGCUGUUUUUGUUACGUUACUCAAAGAGAUUUCUUUCAUGUGAACCUACUCAAGUCCAGUGGUUCUGGGGUGGUCACUUCACUCCUCGCUGUUGGAUAAGUGAGCAUCAAUGUCAUCCAUAAUCCUUGCCUUUUUUCUUCUUUUAUGUUUAUUGAAGGUGGGAGGCGGUUUUCAGCACACGAGUUCUUCUUCUCCCUGGUGUUGCUUUUGUCGCAGUGCUGGCAGCCAAGCAGAGCUUGCAGAAAUCCUGAGCUGUCGGGUGUGGGGUGCAGGGAUUGGUGUGGCUGUUGCUGAGCUUUUGGUGCACUGCCCGUGGUAGCACAGCCCAGGUGUCAGGACGUGGGGUGAGAGCUUCCGCGGGGUGCAGCGGGGGUGAGGCGUGAUGGGGAUUGGUAGAUGUGCCUGCAGGUAUUUGUGCUGUGUGAGGAAGGCUUCUUGGAGAGCUGCCUUCAGCUGCCUGACCUCGGUGUACGCUUGGCCGGGCAGCUGUGUGCUCUGUGCUGGGCUCAGCACCGCUGUGAAGUGGCUGCUUGUGGCCAGCGGUGGCUUAGAACGUGCAGAAUGCUGCCCUGGUGAGAUCACCGCUUCCUGUUGCAGGGGGAACUGCUCCUCCUCUCGUGUCUGCUGUGCCCAGCACGUAUAGCCCGAGCAUCUGCAGCUGCCUCCUGAGUGCAGCUGGGAGGGACGGGGACAGGGACAGGGAGCUCCAUUCUGAAGCCCAUGGCGGUCACUGAGAUCGGUUUGUAAAAAAUAAUUUAUAUAGAUGAAAAUGCAGAGCUGCUGUGCUCCUGGAGUGCAGAGUGGUGGAUGCAGCCAUCGCAGGUUUCUGGCUGCACGUACCUUGAAACCUUCUGGACUAAAUGGGCUGAAGUUACCGCUGUGGUUGGCAGAAUGGAUCUCGGUUUGCUGCAGCGGUCGCUUUGGCAUAACGUCAUGUUUCAGAGCUCUGUGAGGGCUGCGCUCUGGGCUACAUGGGGCUGGAGUUACAGUGCAGCAGAGCACAGCAGAAACACCUGACCCACACCGCUGUUUCAGUAGUAUGUACCAGUUAAGGGAAAGGUGUUCAAGGAGGACUGGAAAAGGCUUUUUUUUAAUCUUCAUUUCAUGCUUAGAUUCCUGUGCUGGCAUCCAACCACGUGAAUUUAUAAAAAACAAGUGGAUUCUGCAUGCCAGACGUCGGUGUUCUCGCACCUGAGCCCUGCGCUGGGCAGUGCGUGGCAGCCAGCUGGGCAGCAGCUCCACUAUGUGGAUGUGCCAGGAGAUGGAGCUGAGUGAGUUGAGAACAGACGUGAACACGGGAGGUGUGCUCUGGUUCUGAUGCCUUGGGCUGUAGUCAGUGAGGUGCCCGUGACAUCUUAUAGACAGUAUUAACGCUGCAGCUUGGCAGAGCGACGCUGACCAGAACUGGUUUUGAGUCGGUAUCUCCAGCAUUACCAGAAUAGUGUUACCGCUGAGUUCGGCACACAAAGGGUACAGUUAUAAAGCCAGCACUUCUAAGGAGAAGGGGAAGAAACCAACACACACACACAAAAACUGUAGUGCCUUUUUGUUUUGGGCUUGUGGUGUUCCGUCCCUCCACCAAAGGAAGGGGCUGUGUGCUCUCUGAAAUGCUUUCGCUUACCUGGAAGCGGCUCCUCAGGCACUCGAGACGAAGCAGUGGAACUCACUGCAGUGCCAGUAGCUUUAAGAACCUCUUCCACCCUAUAUGCACGUACAAAGAGCACACGAGACAAGUUCAGAAGGUGUAAACCAUUGAUGAUUUCCUCUGUCCUUCUCCCGUGGAAAGGAAGCUCAGCCUUUCCAGCCUUGGAGUUAUGCAAUUGGGUUCUUCCUCUGCCCGGUUCCGGCUGCUGCAUCGCACCGGCGCUGUGCUGGAGCCUCAGCUCGGCCUGCAGCUGGGAGCUUAACACAGGUGUGGGUUUCUGACUUAUUCCUAUCUUCCUCAGACCUAAAUUUUAUAUUUCUACAGUGCUUCGGCACACCUAAGCCUAACUGAAGCAAUAGCCGAAAGCCCAUCUGAGCAGUAACUUAAACGUAAAAAUAUGUAGGCACCAAUGACUCAUUUAAAUGUAGGAAUGAAUUCUGCAUUUACUCUUCGUAGUUGCUGAAUUCCUCAGCCCUUGCAGAGUGUUUCUUUGGUGCUAGACGUAACUUAUUGAACAUCAAGAUGAAUGUAAAAUAAAGUAUUUUUAAUGUAUGAAAUAUGGAUAUCGAUAUUUAUUUUGUACUUGCAAGCAAAUUCCAGGUGGUAAAUGUUUGCUGUAGCAAACGCUGAUCCCUUGGAAAGGGCUUCCCUAGAAGCAGUGUCUCAUUGUCAGCUAUGCUUUGAACUUUCAAGGUGACUUGCACUAGAGGAUGCUGCUGUCCCGUAUUUUCAGAUGGAGCCGAUUUAGUCUAAGCAUUCCUUUGUUAUGAGCUGCUGUUUUGUUUCUUCAAGCUGAGAUGCAGUUAUCUUAAUCCGGCAACUUAGCAGAGCUGUGCUGCUUCUCGUGUGGUGAUGGGGCUGAGAAAAAGCGUGGCAAAAGCUCUUCAGCUUUGUGUCUUGUGUUUGUCAGGAAGUGCUUCCUGUACUGUACAGAUACCCGGGGCUUCAUGGCGCUAAUGAAAAGGUGCUUGGUUUUUUUUUUUUUUAUGCUUAAUGCUCUUAUUUUCUAAUGAAAAAUAAUGCUAACGAUAGUAUCUGCCCUAACAGCAUUGAUGUAAGCCUAUGGAAAAGCACUAUCCCGUCAGCUGUUCUGUCUCAUCUGCUGCUGGUAGGGGCGGCAGCCAGCCUGUUGUCAUGCUGUACACGUGCUUCCAUCAGUCCCAGCCAUGUGUUACAGUACAACUUACCGGGUAGCAAAGGAGCAUUAACCUUCAUUCAGUGCGUACAGCCCGGAUCAGGAGGGCUCGUUACAGCGUUCUGCUUACAGCCCCUCCUGCCCUACUUUCUGUUGCAGUCCCAGCGAGGGUUAAGAAUGGCAUUAAGAGGCAUUGGAGCCUCUGCCUGUAAAUGGCCUUGUGAAUCACAAAACCGAAGCACUCCGUCGUUCUUCUCUUGCACGGUGGCUGCGCCAGGUUUCUUUGCAAUUGUAACUGACUGCAUCAGCCUUUUGGUUUACUGCUCUUUCUUGCAAGGUGUUUUUGCAUGUGCCCCAGGUGCUCCCAAGUGACGACGAAUUAAAUACUGUGAAGGAGGGCACCUGGUGAGCACCCCUGGUUCAUCAGCUUCUUCCUUAAAGGGAACGUUGCACUCAUUUGCAGAGUGUAUUGGCAUAGCUGUGCCAGACACACAAAUGUCUGUGCUGAAAUCAUGUAAAACCUAACUGAUGUUGUGCACACUCAGCAUUUUACUAGGUUUUUGCAUUGUAUAUUGGUAAAUAAACUUGUAUUAAAGUUUCUUUCCAUUACUGA